CUCUCGGAACGCCGCAGACCGGAGUCCUGGUGACUGCGCCCGCGUUGCUACGCCCGCCCGCCGCCGCGCCGCCGCCGCCGCCCCUCGCCCGCCCCUCCGUGCCAGGCCCCUCAGGAACUUGCUGUCACCGGCAACAUGCCCUACCCAUACCCAGCGCUUACUCCGGAGCAGAAGAAGGAGCUGUCUGACAUCGCUCACCGCAUUGUGGCUCCGGGCAAGGGCAUCCUGGCUGCAGAUGAAUCCACCGGAAGCAUUGCCAAGCGGCUGCAGUCCAUUGGCACUGAGAACACCGAAGAGAACCGCCGCUUCUACCGCCAGCUGCUUCUGACCGCUGAUGACCGCGUGAAUCCCUGCAUCGGAGGGGUCAUCCUCUUUCAUGAGACACUCUACCAGAAGGCGGAUGAUGGACGUCCCUUCCCCCAAGUCAUCAAAUCCAAGGGUGGUGUCGUGGGCAUUAAGGUAGACAAGGGCGUGGUGCCCCUGGCUGGAACAAAUGGCGAGACCACCACCCAAGGGCUGGAUGGACUGUCUGAGCGCUGUGCCCAAUACAAGAAGGAUGGAGCUGACUUUGCCAAGUGGCGUUGUGUGCUGAAGAUUGGGGAACACACUCCCUCAGCCCUUGCCAUUAUGGAAAAUGCCAAUGUUCUGGCCCGUUAUGCCAGUAUCUGCCAGCAGAAUGGCAUUGUGCCCAUUGUGGAGCCUGAGAUUCUCCCUGAUGGGGACCAUGACUUGAAGCGCUGUCAGUAUGUAACUGAGAAGGUGCUGGCCGCUGUCUACAAGGCUUUGAGUGACCACCACAUCUAUCUGGAAGGCACCUUGCUGAAGCCCAACAUGGUCACCCCAGGCCAUGCCUGCACCCAGAAGUACUCGAAUGAGGAGAUUGCCAUGGCCACCGUCACAGCGCUGCGCCGCACCGUGCCCCCCGCCGUCACUGGGGUCACCUUCUUGUCUGGAGGACAGAGUGAGGAAGAGGCGACCAUCAAUCUCAACGCCAUCAACAAGUGUCCCUUGCUGAAGCCAUGGGCCCUGACCUUUUCCUAUGGCCGAGCCCUGCAGGCCUCUGCCCUGAAGGCCUGGGGUGGGAAGAAGGAGAACCUGAAGGCUGCCCAGGAGGAGUAUGUCAAGCGAGCUCUGGCCAAUAGCCUUGCCUGUCAAGGGAAGUACACUCCAAGUGGGCAGGCUGGGGCUGCAGCCAGUGAGUCCCUGUUCGUCUCCAACCAUGCCUACUAAGCUUCUACUAAGCUAAGGUGUUUAAGCUGCCCCCCUCAACACUCCAGGCCCCUGCUCCACCCACUCCCUCUUGAGGAGGGGGCCUCAUCGGGACUCCAGGCUCUUCCCCGUCAUUCUUGCCUCCUUUGUGACUUGGUGUGUGGUGUUGUCUGUGAGCGCUAAUUCCACCACCCCUUCCAGCCCACUGCCAAUAAACAACUAUUGAAGGGGGA